CCCAUCAUCUCCUUAGUAGCGGGUCAAACAAAAAACGAAGUCCAAAUCAUAAAUCCCUAAAAUUCUACCAAACCCUAAUUUCUUCUUCUUCCUCCUCCUCCUAUUACUAUUAAUCUCUGCAAAAAGUUGAAAUCUUUUCAAAGAAAAAUAAACUCAUAAUUAUUGCUUCAGUGUAACAAAUCAAUAAUCGUAGAAAUGUCAUCCUUCAAAAAUGCAAUACCAAGACGAGCUCAUAAAGAGCGAGCUCAACCACAAGCAAGGAAAAAAUUUGGGUUACUUGAGAAACACAAAGAUUAUGUGGUACGAGCAAAAGCAUUCCACAAAAAGGAGCAAACUUUACAGAAACUCAAGGAAAAAGCAGCAUUUCGAAAUCCAGAUGAGUUCUACUUCAAGAUGAUUAAAACAAAAACUGUUGAUGGAGUGCACAGAUUGGAGAGCCAAGCAAAUAAAUACACUCAAGAGGAACUUAUGUUAAUGAAGACUCAGGAUAUAGGCUAUAUUUUACAGAAAGUUCAGAGUGAGAAAAAGAAAAUUGAGAAACUAACUGCCAUGCUGCACUCGCUUGAUGAUCAGCCAUCAAAUAGGCGUGUCUACUAUGCUGAAGACAGGGAGGAAGCAGAAGAGUUGGCGACUAAAGCUUCAGAACGUAGUAAUCUGGCUGCUUCUGAGAACUUGCCCAGCAGUAUUAGAAGGAAGACAGCGAGUUCUUACAGAGAGUUGGAAGCAAGAAAGAGCAGGGUGAGAGAUUUAGAGAAACUAUACAUGGAUAUGGCCAUGCAGAAAGAACUGCAGAAAUCUGGAAGGAAACGCAAACUUCGUGAAGAAGAGCUUGUUAACCCAACAGACAAACCUGUCUACAAGUGGAGACAAGAACGCAAACGAUGAGAAUUUCUAUGUCUGUAAUACAAGCGCGAUGAAGCUCUUAUCGCGUUUUGAAGCUCUACAAUAUUUUGGGUUACUUUUGUGAGGGCAAAGACCUCGUGCAUUGUUCUUUUCGUGGAAUCAGAAGUAGAUGACUGUUUUUAUCAUAAACCAUCUUGUUGAACAUACACACCUUUGUAGAAUGUCAAGAUUAUUCACAAUUCCAGCUGAUGCUUCUUAUGAGGCUUUCGA